UGACGUCACCCGCCCCCCCGUGUCCCCGCACCUGCGGCGGGAUGGAGCGCGGAGCUCGCCUGUGCCUCGCCCUGUGCCUCGCCGGCCUCCUCCCGGCCCCGGGCUGCCGGGCGGCGCCGGGAAGGUUCGCCUACAAACUGCUCCACGACCUCUUCGCCAACUACUCCAGCGCCCUGCGCCCCGUGGAGGACACGGACCGGGCUCUCAACGUCACCCUCAAGGUCACCUUGGCCCAGAUCAUCGACAUGGACGAGAGGAACCAGGUGCUCACCUCCUACCUGUGGGUCCGCCAGACCUGGCUGGAUGCCCACCUCACCUGGGACAAGGACGAGUACGGCGGCAUCGACAGCGUCCGCAUCCCCAGCAGCUACGUCUGGCGGCCGGACAUCAUCCUCUACAACAACGCCGACGAGCACUUCGGCGGCUCCAUGGAGACCAACGUGGUGCUGCGCUCCGACGGGCACAUCACCUGGGACUCGCCCGCCAUCACCAAGAGCUCCUGCAAGGUGGACGUGUCCUACUUCCCCUUCGACGGGCAGCAGUGCCGCCUCACCUUCGGCUCCUGGACCCACAACGGGAACCAGAUCGACCUCCGCAACCAGCUGGACAGCGGCGACCUGACGGACUUCGUGGAGAACGUGGAGUGGGAGGUGCUGGGCAUGCCGGCCACCAGGAAUGUCAUCACCUACGGCUGCUGCUCCGAGCCCUACCCCGACGUCACCUACACCCUGCUCCUGCGCCGCCGCGCCUCCUUCUACAUCUUCAACCUGCUCCUGCCCUGCAUCAUGGUCUCCUUCCUGGCGCCCCUGGGCUUCUACCUGCCCGCAGACUCGGGGGAGAAGGUGUCGCUGGGGGUGACGGUGCUGCUGGCCCUCACCGUGUUCCAGCUGCUGGUGGCCGAGAGCAUGCCGCCCUCGGAGAGCGUCCCGCUCAUCGGUGAGCCCAGGGCCGGGCUCGGUGCCAGGGCUGGGCUCAGGGCUGGGCACGGGGGGCAGCGGAACCCCCUGUGGGGUGUGGGACCCCCGGUGCCCCCUGCCAGCGCCGCUGCCCCCGCAGGGAAGUACUACAUCGCCACCAUGACCAUGAUCACGGCCUCCACGGCGCUCACCAUCUUCAUCAUGAACGUGCACCACUGCGGGCCGGGGGCCCGGCCCGUGCCGCCCUGGGCGCGCCGGCUCAUCCUGCACCACCUGGCCCGGCUCUGCUGCGUCUACGAGGUGGGCGAGAGCUGCAAGAGCCCCCGGCGGGCGCCGGGCGGGCGGGCAGCCCCGGGGGAUGCCAGGGCAGAGGGGGAGAGCCCCGGCGAGGGGCAGGCGGGCGCAGAGGUGCGGGGCUGCCCCUGGGACCAUUGCCUGUGCCACCACGACGGCCUGCUGAGCAACGUCGGGUACAUCGCCGGCUGCUUCCGCCGCCACCGCGCCAACCAGCGCCGCACCGGCGAGUGGAAGAAGGUGGCCAAGGUGAUGGACCGCUUCUUCAUGUGGGUCUUCUUCCUCAUGGUCUUCCUUAUGAGCGUGCUGGUCCUGGGCAACGCUGCCUGAUGGCUCUGCGGGCCCAGCACUGCGCCCCCCAGGGACGGCGGGGGCUGCGGGUGCCACCCUCGUGCGGGUGACACAAAUGUCCCUGGUGCCCCCCAGAGCUGCAGGGAGGGAGCUGCUCCACCCCUGGGGAAGGGGUGCCCGAGAGUGGGACCCCCUGCUGCAGGGCUGAGCGGGGUCCCAGCCC